CAAUACUUCAGAAACAGCCAUCUUCCCAUUUCCCUAUCCUAUCAAAUGAAACCUCCGUAAUGGCUUCCCAAAACUCGAAACUCUUCACCAACCACUGGACCGCCACCCUCCCCUCCCAACCCCACAUCAUCCUCCGCCACGCUACCCCUUCUUCCAUCUCCACCCGCCUGGCUAUCAUCCGCAACCCCUUAAACCGAACUCACAUCACAUCCCAGCCCACUCUCUGGGAUGAUUCCGCUGCCGCUACCUGGACUACUGCCCAACAAGCGCGGUUCGACAAAUCGACUAGAGACUUUGACAACCUGGAUGUGCUAGUAGAAGUUGAUGGGGUGGUGGUGGGAGUGAGUGCUAUAGCGACGAUAGAGGGAGAUUUGAAGGAUGGCGAGAGACUACUGAAUGUAGGCGUUAUGCUUGAGGAGGUGGUGAGGGGAAAGGGGGUGGGGAAGGCGGUAACGGGGUGUUUGGUGGAGAUUGCGUUGAUGAUGGGCGGCAGAGUAGGUGUUAGGACUAUGAAGGCCAAUGUAGGGAUGAGGGGUGUGAUGAGGGGGCUGGGGGUGGAGGAGAGGGUGGAGGAUGUCAUGAUGGAAGGGAGGGGAUUGGUGGCGGAGAUUAUGUAUAUGGUUGAGAAGGAGAAGUGGGAGGAGCUUGAUAUUUGCUUGGAGUUUGGAGAGGAAGUGUAAUGGAGCUAUGUGAGUAAAGGGGAAGGAACGACCAUUACUCCUUUCCUGUGGGGUUGUGUAGCAAAAGUAGGAAACAACGACCAUCGCUCCUGCUAUCUUUGGGUGUGAGAUAGUGAGAAGAGGAAGGUCGCCCUUUCCCUGUGGGGCUUUGAGAUAAUAGCAGGAAGGUUCGAG